GAUAUCUGUUUGAGAUAUCAGAUUUACUCGUGAUUACCUUGUUUUACUAGUAAAGAAACAAGUGGAAGGAUGUUUGAAGCCUACCAAAUACCUCAAUCUAUUAUCCAAAAAAUAAAAAAUAAAAUCUCAAUCUAUAAAAAAUAAAAUCUCAAUCUAAGUGUGGUUACUUUUUGUAAUUAAUCAAAAAAAUGCAUGCAAGUCUAAGUUCAGUGGAUACAUCAUACACCAUUUUGUAACCAAUGGGGGGUACAAGGCAUUCCCUUUCAAAGAGUAUCUCAUUUCCUUGGAUUUUGAAAGGUUUAUUAAAUCAUGCAAGUGGGAAAUUGCAUAUUUGAAUUUUUAAACAGUGGAUUUAUCAGUGCUAAUAAGAGGAAUGCAAAUUUGAAGGAUCUAGGGUUUGAAGAUUGAUUUAUGAAUCUGGGUCUGUUGCUAUUGACAAUUCUUCAACUGAUUAGUGUGCUAGCCAGACUGCCAGUGCAUGAUGGUGGCCAUGGUAGUAUUUAUAAGUUGUAAACUAGUAAGCAUUGUGGCUUACUUCUCUCAUCGUUAAGACACAUGUAUUGAACAUUCAGGUGAUAUGCUUCCAGUGCAUAAGAUGGUGGGAAUUAAGAAUUAGGGGAUGUCUUUUCAUUUUGAGGAAUGGCGUGUUGAGUUUUUAAUAUUAUCCCCAGAAUAUUGAGACGAGAGAAAAGGUUAUCAGAUCCCUUGCCAUGUGGGUGUUUUCCUUGGAUGAUUGAAGAAAAUAGUGAGGAUGAAAUCUAACUUCAAGAGAUGGACAUGGUGGUAAAAGGAUUCUUGGAUUGAACCAUUUGCUCGUGGUCUUAAUAUUAACCACUCUUGGAUAUUGGUUUCUCAUUAUAAAAAAAAAUAAAAAAUCUAGGUUUUAACAAAUGCUUGUGGGAUUAACCCAACAUUGCCUGCUUGAGAUGUUACAGAAUUGACAGGGUAUACACGUGGCGGCUAUAGGAUUUUGGGUACAAAAGUAACAGUUUUAUGUUGCUUUUUUCCAUUCUCUUGCUAGUCUUAAGGUGAUAAAAGAUUGAUUUUUCUUUUUAACAUAAUUCCUAACUGCAAUGAAAUAUAAUAUUCAAAAGCAGCCAUCAGGUCUAGACUUCAAGACAAGACAAGGCUCCUGAUGAUCAUUCCUGUAUAAUCUGGUACUUUGAAGCUUAUAUUGACAUUCCAUUAUCACCACAACACUUUUGAUGUGACCAUACUAGGAAAUUAAGUUCAAAAUGUCUUAGCAGUCCUAUUCAGCAAAUAUUUCUCUGCCUUUCAUUAUUAAGUUAUUAGUUUUGUCAAUAUCUUUUGCAGUCGCCUAAGUCUUUUGAAUGUUCGUCUAUUUUCGUUUAUGUGUGUUUUCAUUUUUGGCUGCAUUAUCUAUUUCAAGUUUAGAUUGCAAUUGAUCUUUAAUAUGCUUUCAACCUCUUGUGUUUGAAAUGGGAGAUUAUCUUCUAAAGAAGAAAAGAAAAAGAGAUGGAUAGUAUCCAUUGCAGGAUUGUUUCCUAGAGUUCAAAAUGAACCGUAGUUGUUUGUUGUGGAUAGUGGAAAUCCAGAGAUUGCCUUCGGGUGAUUACUAAUAAUUACUAACAAAGGAUUUUACAUCAGGUUGGUCCCAUCUUCUGUCUGUUUUGUACCCUAUUCUUUAAGCUUUAUCAUUGGAAAAAGCUUCCUUCAUCAAAGAUUGUUGUAUUCUCGUAACCAGUUUUGUGGCAUUUCUUUUUCAACUCUGAUUCGAUGACUCAAUCUCAUGGUCUUUUAUAACCAAGUCUCUAUUAAUUGAUUUACAGGAGCCUUCUAUGUUUGGGUUGUAUUUUCAUGCUUCUUUUUCGGAUGCUCUUGUUUCUUUAAAAAAGUUGGUGUUUUCUUUGAUAGCUUUCUCAUAAAGGCAUUAUUAAUACUUAGGACAAGAUUCAGAUGAGGCACCCUGUAUUGUUCCCUUUUUUUUUUUAAUCUGGGCUUGGUCAUACAUGGAAAUGGAACAAAAUAAAUUAGUUUGAGUUUGAUUGAGAAUUAACAAGAACUUGGAACAACACCCAAGGACUCUUGCCUUGCCUUUUUUUUUUUUUUUGGGACAAGAUCUACUGGUUCUUUAUAUCAUUUUGAAUUGUUCAUUCAUUUCCAUUUGGCUUUUCAAUGGACCAAAGCUAUCAAUUGAAUAGAUAACUUCCUAGACCUGUAUCCUGACUUCUGAGAGUCAACCUUGAAUUUCACCAUCAUCUUUUUAGUUAGCUUUGUCUUGGCUCCUAUUUGUAUAAAAAUACAAUAUACUCAUUAGAUAAAAAAAAAUCAUUUAAAAAUGUUUCCUAUCAGAAUACCAAGCUAUAUCUAAUCGCUUGGAUUACUAUCUAAUAACAGGUUGCUUGGCUAGUUCAUUAUCUGGUCCUUGGGCUUUGUGUGUUGUGAUUCUGAUCCCAUGGAUCAUGUAAUUUGUUACUGUCAGAUUGUGAGGGGUUUUUGUUGUCUAUAUAUUCCUCUCAUUCUUUGCCCUGUGAUCCUUUAUGGUGGGUGGUAGGGCUUAGAUGGGAUUUGUUUUUUACGGAAGGUUUUAGAUAUCAAGUCUAUUAGGCUAGAGUUGAGGAGGUAAUUUUUUCAAGUAAUGUAAAACGUAUUUUAUUUUUUAUUAAAUUUUUUCCAGUAGGUAAAUGCUUGAGGUAAGUUUGUGCCUUUUAUUGCUUAGGGGAUACAUAUUUUAUCCUUUGACUAAAACGUGCUUCAUGAAUGAACUGUUCUCUAUUCUGUUUAGUGUGAAAUGAUUUUUCUUAAAACUUGAUAAAAUACUUCAAUUAAUGAACUGCAAUAUUAUUGAGAUACAUGAAAUAGUACUGAUAUUAUUAAAAAAAUUGUCUCAACUGGUCUGAAUCACUUAAUAAUUUAUAUGCCUAUCCUUUCUAUAGUUAUAAAGAAAACUUCCUUUAAGAAAAUUGGAACUUAUAUAAAGCUCCACAGUGAUGAAAAAAAGGGAUAAACGUUGUGAAAUGAAAGGCCUUAGACCCAAAAUGAAACAAAUCUGCACAGAAAUUGAAAUCUCGUCUUCAUUGAACAGAAUAGUUUGAGAAUCCUCAAGUUCCCUCUCUCUAGCCAGAUUCUCCAUGGCAUGGUCAAUUUUUCCAGCUCUGCCGAAGUGCACUACAUUUUCCAACAGAAGGGUAGAAACAAAUCAUUUCAGCCAGGAAGUCACUACAAUAGCUAUUACAGAAAAAUCUGACAUAAAAUAUGCAGGAAUUUGGUACCGCAAACCAAUGAUCAAGGUGUCAGAGAAGCUCACAAUGCCCCAUGUGUUGGCAACCUAUUAGCCUGAAGGAUCCAACCAGCCAGGAGUUGCUCGAAGCUGUAGAACAAGAGAGAAGUUUUAGACUUAAUCCAGCUAGAAACUCAACAAUAUUUCGCCAUCCCACUCUUGGUGACUUUGAGUUACAGCAUCUGCCGGCUGGUGCUAAUGAUGCUGAUCUUGAAGAGCGUAUACUCCAACAUCUAGCUGCAGCAGCUGCCAUGGGACAAGCACGCCAUAGUUCUAGAAGGGAAGGCCACAGAAAUCGAUCAGGAAUUCAUGGCCGUCCCCAGUUCUUGGUGUUUUCAUCCCAUCCCAAUUCUUCGUCAACCUCUCCACCUCCAGUUGACAAUCGGGAGGGUGAAGCAGCCCCAAGAAUCAUGGUAGCUUCUAUAUCACCGCCUCCACCUGCAGGAGAAGAGUCUCCGCAACUCAAUGCUUCAGUAUCUCCAGUGCAAACUGAUCAUUCUUCUCCUUCAGCACCUCAAUCCGGUUCAGCUUCUGCUAGUCAACUUGGAUCUCCUCCGAGUGAAAGGAGAUCUUCUGGUCAACCAGUGCCAAAUAGUCAAGAUAGAGCUGGACCAUCAGAGUUACAAUCAUUUUCGGAUUCUCUUAAAUCUCGAUUUAAUGCUAUAUCAAUGAGAUACAAAGAUUCAAUCACAAAGAGCACAAGAGGAUGGAAGGAGAAAUUCUUCUCUCGUAACACUUCAAUGUCAGAUAUUGGCUCUGAAGUUAGAAGAGAAGUAAAUGCAGGGAUAGCGACGGUAUCACGCAUGAUGGAACGUCUUGAUACAAGAGAUGCUAGAAAAAGUAGCAGUCCGGAGUCCAGUAGUGUAGGGGACAACAGUCCAGUUUCAGUAUCAAAUAACAGACAGAUACCAGAGAAUGGAGGAAACAAUCCUCUAAGUGACACAAAUAAAGAAGGGUCACGCCCUGCGGAAUCCAGUUCAAGUUGAACAUUCUCAGAAUUGGCUUCACUCAAAGGCCAUCUUAUAAGAGGUGAAUAUUGCUAUUGAUUGUUUCCCUCUUCCAUAUGUACAAGAAAUGCCUGGAGGUAGACAUGUUUUCAAAAUUUAGGUUAAAAAAAGAAAAAAAGAAAAAAAACUUCAAAAUAUGAAAAAAUGUCUUGAGUUUUAGUCUAUUUUAUGAUUAGUUAGAGUAUAAUUAUAUAGUAGUCAUGUAUCAUUUAUAACUAGUAUUAUAAUAGCUUAUUUACUCAUAAAUUAAUUGGAAUCUUUAUGUCCAAAUUUCCUA